AUGGUUCAUGUUGACGGCAAGCGUAAAUUAACCGGUCAUUUGCUGGAUUUGCCUCGCUUCAUCCACUUUCUCCUCCGUUUCACCCAAUCGGGAAACGCCAUAUUCAAUUAUCACGUGACUCGGUACCUGAAUUCCAUGAGAUAUAAAUCAAACGCAUUCCGAAUCAUUGAGUCAUUGUUGAGAAAGGAUCGUGUUGUUGUUAGAAGUAAACGAGUGUCUGUCUUCAAAAAGCCUUCGCGAUGGUUCACAUCAAAGAGUUCGCCGUGGAACAAGUAUGACCCCUCCCCAACCGGACAACCCCGCAUAUUUUAUCUAGAUGAAGCUAACCGUGCUACUCUGUACAAGUGGAUGGACAAAUAUGAAACCACAGCGAAAUACAAUGUGGCAGAAACAUGCUGUGCGUCAAUCUCAUUUAAUGAUCUCCGGGAGCUGUCGGAGGACAAGUCCGACCCAUUGGAUUUGAGCAUUAAGCUCACUUACGGAGCUAUUCGUGGGUCGGAACGACUCCGGGGAAACCUGGCAAGGCUGUACUCGGAUCAAACACCGUUGCCAUCGGACAAUGUCUUGAUCACUGCUGGCGCCAUCCAAGCCAAUUUUCUCCUGCUCUAUACUCUGGUUGGGUCCGGCGACCAUGUGAUCUGCCAUUACCCCACGUACCAGCAGCUCUACUCAGUGCCGGAAUCGCUCGGGGCUGAGGUGAGUCUGUGGAAGGCGAAAGAGGCAGACAAUUGGAGGCUGGAUAUCAAUGAACUAAAGAGCCUUAUCCGUCCGAAUACCAAAAUGAUUAUCCUCAAUAACCCUCAAAAUCCUACCGGAGCGGUGAUACCCCAGGAGACAUUGAAGGAAAUCGUUGAAAUCGCUCGAAGCUCGUCCAUCAUUGUCCAUGCCGAUGAGGUUUACCGCCCGCUGUAUCACUCUGUCGGGGAAGGCCAAGCCCCGCCAUCGCUCCUGUCGCUAGGAUACGAGCAUACCGUAGUGACUGGCUCCAUGUCCAAGGCAUAUAGCUUGGCAGGACUCCGUGUUGGAUGGAUUGCAUCUCGAGACCGCUCAAUCAUUGAGGCCUGCGCCAGCGCCAGGGACUACACAACCAUUUCCGUCGGCCAGCUGGAUGAUGCUAUUGCCAGUUACGCGUUAGCCCCCGCGUGUGAGCCCAACCUCCUUAAGCGGAACCUUGACUUGGCCCGCCGGAAUUUGGCAAUCUUGGAGAAAUUCAUCGAGUCUCAUCGGUGGGCAUGUGACUGGGUUAAGCCGCGAGCAGGUACAACGGCAUUUGUGCGUUUUAACAACCAAGGCCAUCCAGUGGACGAUGUAGCCUUCUGUGAACAACUGCAGGCCAAGAUUGGGGUGAUGUUUGUCCCUGGAAGCUCAUGUUUUGGGGAAGGAGAGGAUUAUGAGGGAUAUGUUCGGAUUGGGUAUGUGUGUGAAACGGAGGUGUUGGAACAAGCCAUGGAGGCGUUGCGAUCAUUCAUGGACGGGGAAUAUAGGAACGUGCCGGUGAGGAGCCGGAGUUAG